GUUUGCAUAUCACACAUCAUCGCGCCGCCAACGUCGUUUAGUGUCCAUCGUGCGCGCCGUAAAAGCAUUAUAGAAACAAUCGUUCCUGGAACGUGCUCCGUCCGUCAUGACGAAGGAAGCCCUAAGCCCCCGGGAAAAUCUCAUUUCCAAUGAGAGGUUGAAACUAUCCGGCGCAGCAGGUGCAUUCUGCUUGUUCUACUCGAAGUGCACUAUUUUCGAAACGACUGACGCGAAAUGAGAUUAUUCCGGUCGAUAGUUGGGGAAAAUUUCCCAUUCAAAUCGUUUCUUAAUCAGUUUUUGGGCGCCAUUGCCGUUAACAUCAUCACAAUCAGCCAUGGGGCAGCCAUCGGUUGGGUUUCGCCGUUUCUACCGUAUUUGCAAUCCAACGAAACACAUCUGACGUCCGGCUCGGUGAGCAUAGAACAAGCCUCCUGGAUUGGAUCCCUUUUGUGCAUCGGAGGAAUGAUUGGGGCACCAACAUUUGGGCUGCUUGCCGAUCGAUUCGGUAAAAAGCGCGGAGUGCAGCUGAUCGUAAUUCCUCAUGUGGCCUUCUGGCUGUGCGUCCUCUAUGGCCCAAAUGUGUACUUCCUCUACCUGGGUCGCGUCCUGGCCGGAAGCGGAGGAGGAGGAAUGCUGCGGGUAAUCCCACUGUACAUCGCCGACAUCGCUCACUUUAAACUGCGUGGAAUGUUGGGCUCGCUGCUGGUCAUAUCACUCAACGCCGGGAUCCUUUUGGGAUUUGUUCUCGGAAACUGUUUGUCGUAUUUCGCCGUACCUGUUGUCAUGCUAAUGGCGCCAGUCAUAUUUCUUGCAUGCACCUCCUGCCUACCGGAAACUCCCUUUUGCUUGUUGGAACAAAAUCGAACCGAAAAAGCCGAACAAUCCUUAAUGUUUUAUCGAGGGAUCAAGGGACACUUUCAGAAGAAUGAUGACUUCAGAAAGGAAUUCGAGCAGCUGAAAAAAACAUCUUUAGUGUUAAAAGAAUCUCUUGAGGAACACAAGUUAAACUGGCGGGAUUUUUGUACAAAGCAAGCCCGCAAAGGAUUGGGGAUUGGACUCUUCCUAAUGGGAUUAAAUCAAUUGUGUGGAGCACUGGCCAUUAUCACUUAUGCGGCAAACAUUUUCAAAGAAUCCGGUUCAGACCUGUCCCCAAAUGUAUCCUCAAUCAUCGUGGCACUGAUUCAGCUGAUCGGAACGAUUGUAUCCUUUACCCUAGUGGACAAUCUUGGCCGUAAGAUUCUUCUGGUGGUUUCCACGAUAGGAGCCACAGUUGGAUUAUUUUGCAUGGGUCUUUUCUCCUUCCUGCAACACAGCGGCCAAGAUUUGAGCUCACUUGGCUCUCUACCAAUUUUAAGUCUGUCGUUCACCAUUCUGUUCUCAUCGUUUGGGAUCCUACCGCUACCGUAUGUUAUUUUGGCAGAGGUGCUGCCACAUAAAAUCCGCAACGUAGGCAGCACAUUAGCUAUUUUAAUAAUUUCGUCGAGCGCAUUUGUUGUCCUGAAGUUAUUCCCAGUUAUGAUCGACCGAAUACAUCUAUAUGGAACGAUGUGGUUUCACGCUACGAUAUGCUUCAUAAGUAUUUUCGUUAUUUUCUUCGCUGUGCCGGAAACGAAAGGAAAAGAUUUGCUAUCUGCAGAGGAGAAGCUAGAUUCGGCCGAUAAGAAAGAAAUUGAAGCGUGAGUAAAUACUAAAAUUGAAUAAAAUAAUAAAAUAAAUAAAA